CCCCGACCACCCGCCCCCCGCGCAUUCGAAUCCUGUCGUGCUCCACGCUGGGCGCUUUGGGUGUUCAGGCUCGCGUUGCCCGAGUGUCUCUACAGGUACUCGUGGCCUGGGCCUGGACGCGCUCCUUCGCCACUAGCCCCUCUUUCUAUGUUAAAACUCAUCCUUUUCUUUAAAAACCUUCCUUCGCGUUCUUGUCACAAGGUCUCUGUAGUCUGUAUUAUAUACCUUCUGCGACAGCCCCCUUCCAGCUUCAAGCCGUCUUUCCUCCACUCUCUUUGCCGCUUCUCAAGUAUUUGUUCUUUAAAACACACAUCAGCCCGAGGGACCUGAACCCAGGAUUAGUUUUGCUACUGGAAGUGAACACGUGAAGGGGGAUAAGAUGGCUAUCCGGAUCCCAAAGCUGCCUCCGCACGUCUCCCGACGCUGCCCUGGGCUUCCGCACGUGCCCUGCACUGACUCGCUGCCUGGGAGAGGACCAUGCAGCUGGAGAUCAAAGUGGCCCUGAACUUCAUCAUCUCCUACUUGUACAACAAGCUGCCCCGGCGCCGGGCAGACCUGUUUGGGGAGGAGCUAGAGCGACUCUUGAAGAAGAAGUACGAAGGCCACUGGUACCCUGACAGGCCGCUGAAGGGCUCCGGCUUCCGCUGUGUCCACAUCGGUGAGCUCGUGGACCCCGUGGUGGAGCUGGCUGCCAAGCGGAGUGGCCUGGCAGUGGAAGAUGUGCGGGCCAAUGUGCCUGAGGAGCUGAGCGUCUGGAUCGACCCUUUCGAGGUGUCCUACCAGAUCGGGGAGAAGGGGCCCGUGAAAGUGCUGUACCUGGGUGACGGCGAGGGCUGCGUGGCCCCAGAGCUGGACAAGGAGAUCAAGAGCAGCUUCAACCCGGAGGCGCAGGUGUUUGUGCCCAUUGGCAGCCAGGAUAGCUCCUUGGCCAGCUCCCCGUCGCCCUCCUUUGGCCAGUCCCCCAGCCCCACCUUCAUCCCCCGCUCUGCCCAGCCCAUCACCUUCACCACGGCCUCCUUCGCUGCCACCAAGUUCGGCUCCACCAAGAUGAAAAAGGGGGGUGGGGCAGCGAGUGGGGGUGGUGUGGCCAACGGCGGGGCGGGUGGCCAGCAGCCCCCGCAGCAGCAGCCUCGCCUGGCCCGCUCUCCCACCAACAACCUGCUGAAGCACAAGAGCCUCUCUCUGUCUAUGCACUCGCUGAACUUCAUCGCGCCCACGCCAGCGCCUCAGUCCCAGCUCUCGCCCAACGCCAAGGAGUUUGUGUACAACGGCAGUGGCUCCCCCAGCCUCUUCUUUGACGGGGCCGAUGGCCAGGGCAGUGGCGCCCCGGCCCCCUUCGGGGGCAGUGGGGCUGGCACCUCCAACAGCAGCAGCUUUGACGUGGCCCAGGUAUUCGGAGGCAGCGCCAACAGCCUCUUCCUGGAGAAGACCCCCUUCGUGGAAGGCCUCAGCUACAACCUGAACACCAUGCAGUACCCCAGCCAGCCCUUCCAGCCCGUCGUGCUGGCCAACUGACCGCGCCUGCCUGCAGGGCCAGAAGCACCCAAGACCACAGAGAAAGAGAAAGGAAAGGAAAGGCCAAAAAGAGAGGAAAAGAAAAAUAUACGAAAAGAUUCCCGGUCGUCUUACUCUCACUGCUAGAAAGAGAUGCAGCCCAGGCAUGGAGUGGGAGCGGCUCCUGGAGCACCAUCGAGUUUGACUCACCCCCUGCUGCGUUCCUGCCUGCCUCCGAUUUAUUUGGUUGAUUUGGGUUUUAUAUUUUUUUUUACAUGUAGUUUUCUAUAUAACAUCUUUAAUUAGUGGCUUCCUGUGCUAAGAAUGGUCCAGAUGUGAAUUGCUGCUCCCUGCUGCCUCCCUCCCUCCUCCACACCGCCCCGCUGGGGAUCGGUGUGUCCAGCUCCAGGGAAGGACGAGCUGCAGCUGGGGCCUGGUCCUCCCCAGAGCAGGGCGGGCUGCCCUGGGUCACUGCCUCUGUCACCUUAUCCUCUCAAAGCCAUCCAACCUCAGCAGGCCCUCGGGCCCUGCCACCCAGAUAGGUCUGACCCCGACCCCAACCCCCACUCUCAGGCCUGGGCCGCGGGGAGCUGCUGGCUGGCUGCUGGCCAUUGGACUCGCUCUCCCUAAGCUGACGUCUGUGGCUCUAGUGGGUUCCUUUCAUCUCGGUCCUGUGGCCCUUCACUACCGUCCCCGCCGGCCCAUGCUUUGUGGCCCUGGAGAUCAUCAUUCAUACAUAUGGCCUCUCUCGUGGAGCCUCUUCUUCGGGCUUCCUGUUGUGGGUCGGGUGGGGCGUGCGUGUGCGUGUGUGUAUGUGUGCGUGCACACGCGCGCGCACACAAGUAUGUCUGUCCAAGGUUUGCUGUCCUGUUUUAGAGGAUUCCAAGCCAUGUGAAACUUCCCCUCUGGAUGUGAUUCGGGGUUGCAGCAAGUGCUUACUAGGCGUGAGCUUGGAGUUGGGCCGGGCUGUCCGUCAGUCCUGCGGUGGGUCCGUGUGGUGGAGCGAGAUGACGACUGAGCCUGAGACACUCCCGGGAAGGCACUGCAGGAGGAACCGGUCUCCAGACCGUGAUGGGAUCUGCACUUUUGUUAGUUUUUGACCAAAAAGGAGGGGGUCGUGUAACUGAGGGGCUGCUAAGGAUACCCCAACCUCCAAUGCCUAAGAGAAGCCCCUGGGCUCAGACUCCCCUGGUGUGAGAUCUUGGCCCAGAGCGGGAGCCUGGGUCAGUGCCUGUGGCAGGCAACCCUGAGCCUCAAGUUGAAACCUGGUCUGGGGGUGGCAGGUGCUGUUCCAGUACCUUUUGCCCCUGCCUCCUUGAGCACCCCUUGGCACCUCCUACCGUUCCCUCUCCAUGCACUGCCCACCCCUGCCGCGCCCUCGCUGCGCUGCUGCGAGGCCGCCGGUGGUGGCUGGGCUGUAGAGGAGCGCCAGGACCCCACCUCCCCCGGCAGAGAAGUGCCCCGCUUCCACACCGUGAUGCUUGGCAAGUGGGGCGUGGGACACCAGGUCGCCCGUCACCAGAAGUUACCAAAGUCCUUGGCACCCCGCCCCCUCCACCUCCCCAGUGACCCUGUGUGGGCAACUGCUGGGACAGUGGGUCCCACCUGAACAGACACUGCCAGCCUGCUCCUGCGGUGGCUCCAGCUCUACCUCCCCCACAGGGCAAGGCCCUGGCUCCGCCUGGCACCAUCUGUCCCUAGACUUCUCAGGGGCCAGCUCAGUCUGGGGCGCCCUCCCCCUUCGGCUCCCACCCAGGUGACCGGCCCAGGCGGGUGGCUGCUCUCCGGAGAAGACUGGAUGCUGCCUGGCGGCCCUUCCUGCCGCCUCCCCCCGCCCGCACACAGGUACCCGCCCGAACCCCGGUUGGCUUGAGUCUCACCACAUGCAGGGAGGGGGAGAUGGGCCCCUGGCGUCUUGAAAUAUGAAGAAAGUGUGUUCAGGAGCGUGACUCCAUGCCGGGCCCUCGCGCUCGGUGCCGUCUGUCGUCUCAGAUCUUGGCAUUUUUUGCUUCCAUUUUAUUUUUUUUAAGAAAACAAAAACAGAAAUCUGCACUAAUUUACCUGGUUUCGUAGGAAAAUUUUUUUUUAUUUUUUACAUUUUUUGGUGUCCGUUUGUAUUGAAUAAUUUGCUACAUUUGUAAGAUGUAAGAGGUAUAUAUAAUAUAUGUAUAUUUCUAACGUAAAAACGUAAUUUUUUUCUUUUCAAGAUUUUUUCUUAAAAAGAGGAGAGAAACAGAUAUUUUUUCAGGAAAAACAAACUUUAAAAUAAAAAAAGGAGAAUAAAACCCUUUUCUCCCCGGCCCCCAUCCUCUCUCUGUUACCCUCUUUCCCAGGAACAAAUCAAAAGGGUGGAUCGUCUUGUAAAGAAUGUAAACUUCUAGUCCAGAAUGAUGUAUUUUUCUCAAUGCAGUGAGCGAUAGAGUCUCUAGUGUGACCCCCAGGAGGGGCCGGGGGGCCUUGAGGCGGCGCGGAGAGGAGCUCGGGAGCGGGGCGGGGAGCCCGCUUCUCUCGUGAAGGAGGAAUACAAUCAGGCGUUUUGUAUUCAGAAAGUUGUGCAAUAUUUUGGAAUGGGACAUUGGUGUGUUUAGAGAUUUAGUUUAAAAACAAAACAAAAAGAUUGAUCAAAUCUGUACAGUUUAUAUUGUUCCAGAUUUUUUUAAGUUUGUAUUAAAAGCAUGAUAUAUA